CAUUCUGCCUAAUAUCUCCACAGGAGAAAGAAAGUAUUACAGGUCUGGAAGUAAUCCAGCAGUGGUAGAGUUAACUCCCCAAAUUACAUCACUCUCGCAUUCUGUCCAUCCACCCCUCCUCCUUAACUCCUUCGCCCUCCCCCUUCUCAUUGUCUAUGAAAAGGAGGGUCUUUCUCUCCCCUGUCCAUUCAGCCGCUGGGCACUGAGACUGUGGUUCAGACCUCACCCUCAAGCCUGUCAUUAUAAUCACUUAGCAGCCACAAAGACCUCCAGCCCUUCACAGCCUCUGUGCACUGUUCUAGUGAGACUUAACACUUUCCACCACUCUAAGAUGGAGCUUUUGGGUGCCCGACUGCCCUUCACCCAGUUUCAGGAGGAAAAGUACCAGAUGCUGGAGCUGAACCAGCGUCUCGAAUCAUACUUAGGCCGUGUGAAGCUUCUGGAGGAGGAAAACCAGCUACUGCGAGAGGAGAUCCACACUCUCAAGAGCAGCAGGGAACCACCAGGCCAGCGCAAAGCUCAAGAGGAGGCUCUCAGCCAGACCAGGAGGAUGUUGGAGGAUGCCUGGAGGAAGAAAGACUGUGUGGAACUGGAAGUGGAGAACUUGAUGGAGUAUAUAGAGGAGGUGAGUAUUCAAAGACAGAAGGUGAAGAACGCUCAGGCUGAGGCACAGAGAAAACUCAUGGAGAGCAGGAAGGAGCUGGAAGAGGAGCAUAGAGCUCAGAUUUGGCUUAGAGAGAAGGUUGGCCAACUUGAGAAAGACCUCUUGCUACAGAUGCAAGUUCACGAGGAGAACAUGGAAACCAUGCAGGCCUCUCUGAAGCAGACAAAACAAGUCUUGAUGGCCCCACAGCCCACUCAAACUGCCAGAAUCCCAGACCUGGGACAAGAGUACAGCCACAGAGCAACUCAAGCCUGGCAGGAGGCAACCAAAAACUAUCAGAGACUGGUUGGACGUCUUGAGGAAAGUCUGAACCAGGCCAAAGCUAACAUGACAAAGAUUCAUCAAGAAAAGAGAGAAAACCAACAUCAAGUUCAGCAUCUGGCAAAGGAACUCGAGAGCACUAAGACUAAGAGGCAGAUGUUGGAGAAGAAUUUAGUGCAGCAGAAAGAAGCGCAUAAACAAGAGCUUCAACAUUUUCAGGCCCAAGUAGAUGCUCUGGAGGUGGAGAAAGACAGCCUGGGGCAGCAGAUAGACAGCCUGAUGGUGGACAGACAAAACUUGCUGCAGGUCAAGAUGUCUCUUGGACUGGAGGUGGCCACAUACAGAGCUUUGCUGGACAGCGAGGGCCUGAGAAUUGACAGACCAACAACAAAAAAGACCAGCUCUACUUUCUUUUUAGAUGUGCUCUCAAAGCCCACUGGGACCCACCCAGCCUCACAGACCACUGCUGCUUCCUGCCAUGUCAGCAAUACUGUGUCUACAAGUCACAGAUCAAUCACUCCCUCUCGCACUCUGCUGACUAGUGUGACUCCAUCAUGGACCCCGACUCGAGGGACUCCACAAAGAACACCAACCCGAGCCUCAGUGACAGAAAAGACAGAGGUUCAUAUCUCAGAGGAGACUGAGAAAGCUGCUGAGAAAUCUGUGAAUCAUUUGCAGCAAGAGAAAGCCCAUGAAGACCUGGACCAUGCAACAACUCUCCCCAAAACAACUGCAGAACCAGAACCACUGUUCAAACCAGAAGAUAUUGAGAUUCAAGAGGAGGAUGAAUCAAAACAGUUCCAGAAAGAUGAGAUGGUUGGUCAGUUGACACACUUAUCAAUGCAGAUGCAACAGCUUCAGAUUCAACCAAGUAACUUGUCCCAAACUCCAGAGACAGAAAGCUGGGCUGGUCCAUUCACAGAUCCUGCAGGGGUUUCAGAAGAAGGGAAGGACGAGGACACUGAAGUGUCUGUUGAAAUGGCUCAAAUCUCACAUGCACCUAAGGUUGCUUGGGAAGAAAAUAAAACCGUAGCAGAGGAUGAAAAAGAUGAUGCCUCUGAGAUGGAUGUAAGAUCAGAGAACAUCAGUGAAAGCCACACAGAUGCAUAUGGAGAUGCAGAGAAUGAUAAUGAUACAUUAAAAUCUAGCCAUAUCAGUGUGAAUACCAGUAUACUGGGUCGUUCGUUCCUCGAGCAAGGAACUUUAGAUUUGGAGGGUGAUUUUGGCUAUCACAAAGAUUUAAUGAAGGUAGAUGAACAGGACAAUGUGAGUAAUAUUAGUGAGGAGGUAACAGAGCAAAUGGACAGUGAAACUGAGGCAGCGAUUGAUUCGAUCAAUGAGUGGGAUAGACAAGAAGGAACUGAACCACAGAAUGAGACGAAAGUGAUGAGCCCUGAUUCUGAGGUGGAAGAAGAGGAUGAAAUGAACAUUAACACUAACAUGAAGGAUGAAACAGAUGAAAAUGUGACUGAAAGAGAAGAAGAAGAGAUAGUCGUGAUUAAGAGUGACAUUUCUGUGCAAGAUGAAGGUGUAGAUCAUCAGGAGAGUUUAGAGAAGACUGUACCACCAACUGAAUCCCAUUCAGAUCAGACAGUAAAUGAGGAAGAUCCUUCACCUGAUGAAUCUGAGGAAGAAGAAGAGAACCAAGGUGAAGAGGAUGAUUCCCCAAACAUAUCAGCCUCGUGGAGAACCGAUCCUGGCGAGUGUGACAGCUACAGUCAGGAGAACACGCUAGCAGACACUCGGCCUUUGAUUCAUUAUAAGAGUGACGAAGAAACAGAUGGGAACGUGCAAGCCUCGCACCUCAUCGGUGAGACCAGUGACAGUGAGGAUGAGAAAGAAAGAAUGGAAGGAAGCCACUGGAAUGAGAGUGCCUCCAAACGCUUCAACACCAUGGAGGAUCUCACAGAAGAACCAGACAUGGAGGUCACUGGAGAGAUGAUGACGGAUGAUGUUUCUAAAGAAGAAGCCCUAGAUGGUGAUAAGGCACGCCUGAUGCUUCAAAGUAAUUUUGAAGUCCAUCAAAGUUUGGACAUGGUGGAGAAAGAAAGUGCAAGAAUUGAGCUCAAGGGAAACCUGGAAGAUGAUAGUGAUGUUAUGACAGAGAUGAGGAAAGAUGAAGAUCAUGAUGUCAAGGUUUAUGACCAACCACAACUGACUGAAAACCAGCAUAUACAUACCGAACAACCUGAGGAUGAAACAGUCCAUUCAUAUGAAAGUCAAGAACAAGUUGAUAUGGACCAUCCAAUCUCAUUCCCUGAAACAUCCCAGCAGCUUAAAAACUCCUUUGAAACUCAAUCUACUCUGAGCAUGUUCCAAGAUACAGCUGCAACCAAAGAACCAGAAGAUCUUCUGGAAGUUUCCAUGCACACCAACAUAGAUCUCACAGACAGUCGCUCUUUGGAGAGUGAAAUAAACAGUCAACCAGACAACAUGACAUCAGACAUUCCCAACUCAGACCAGGAAGAGGGCAAGAGCUCAGAAGAUGAGUCUCCAAAUGCCAGCCAGUGCUUUCAGAACACAAGCCUUUUAGCAGCGGCUACUCUCAAUGAGCAGCCAUUAACCUUUACUAAUGGAGUCACCGAGGCUGAUUCUGUGUCUGAUGUCAUCCAUUUGCCUGAAGAAGUGCUCAGUAAGGAGAAGAACACUGAAGAGCCUAAAGCCCCUCAGAUUGAUGAGUGGGAGAAAUCAAACAUCUGGGGCAAAAGCACAAAUGCUACAGAUGCAGCUGAGAUCACACACACAUUAAGUGUGGAUGAAAACACAGGCGUUUUCCCAGUAAACGAGAAUUUAGAAAUUCCAAAUAAAAUGCCAAGUUUAGCGGAAAACAUCUUUGGAAAAUUUGAAGAAAGGACAGCGGAGAGCCUUUCAGAAAAAGUGCUGACUGUGAUGGAUUUCGAGAGCAACAAUUCAGGAGAGGAGGAGGAAUUUCAGUCAAAGGAAAAGAAAGGUGAGAUUCAUAGCUUUUUCAGCACUAGCAUGAAGGAAGAUUUCUGGAGUGAGGGAAAAAUGGAGAUGGCAGCUUCUUAUGACCCUGCCAAGACUGAAGACUUAAACCAGGCUUUGGUCUCUGGAGAGGAAUGGAGAGAUAUGGAGGGAAUGCCAACAGCAAAUGGAAGUCCUAAAGAAAAGAUGGACAUCCUCAAAGGCCAGGAUGAGAGGCAUAAAGAUGAACAGCCAAUGCAAGGCAAGACGGUCCUAUCUGAUGACUCUGUUGAUGAGGGGGAUUCCUGGUCCUCUGGUGAUGAGUAAUAGCUUUGUCCGAUGGUGAUUUAGACCAUUUAAGACUAAACCAAAAACAUAAAAAUGUAGUGAUGUCAUUUAAAUGGAUGGACAGAUAUAUUACUACUAAGCCAAAAUGAAAAUUUAUGGUGGAAGACAGCAACAAAAACACCUUCAUACGUUCAAAGAAAUUAAACUAGACAAGAUUGCUCAGCGCAGUGUGUGUAAUUGUACAAUGUGAUCUCUGUAAUGUGAGUUAACAGCCUGGCAUAAUGUGCCAGCUGUCGUCUCGGGAUAACAAAGCAUUGUACAGCCACGGGCAGUAAGGAAUCUUAAAGAUUAACUAUGAAGCUUUACUUCAUGCUUGUUGUUUCUGUACUAAUUAGACCAGCUUUUCAAUGCCUUUCAUCUGUCAGUGUUAAAAAUAAAACACCUUUGUGUAUUUGCACUGAUGUAUGUUACAAUGGAAAAACAAUAUGGAUUAAAAUUUUACAAUUUUAAUAAAAAGUAAAAUAGCAAA